GUUCUGACAAUUUUCGUGUUAAUAGGCUGUGGCCUUUUAAAGUUGGGAAAAGAAUAGACUUUUGAGAAUUGAACAAUAAAUUUGGCCAUGCAAGUGUGAAACCCGAAGAACCGUAAUUGCAACCAUCGCAUCACCAACGAAACCCCCUCAGGAUGUUAUUAAAUCAAUUAAAAUGUUUGAUCUUGCUGGCGCUAGCGCUGCUGUCCGCCUCCACCGCCGUGGACAGUUCACGAGUGUUGGAGCUGAGUGAUCGCUUCCUGGACGUUCGGAAUGACGGCCAGUGGUUCGUAAUGUUCUACGCUCCAUGGUGCGCCCACUGCAAGAAACUGGAACCGGUGUGGGCUCAUGUCGCCCAGGCUCUCUUCAACACCAACAUCCGGGUCGGGCGAGUCGAUUGCACCCGCUUCACUGCGGUGGCACAGGCCUUCAAAGUCAAUGCCUAUCCAACGAUUUUGUUUGUCAAAGGUCCCUACGACUUCGCCUACAACGGUGAUCGUACCAAGGACGAAUUGAUUCACUUUGUGAAUCGAUUGUCCGGACCGCCGGUCCAGCAGGUCACCCGACCGGACAGCAUCGACAUACUGAAGUCGAACAAUCCUAUCUUCUUCACCUACGUUGGCAAACAGGACGGGAUUCUGUGGGAUGUUUUCUACAGUGCAGCGGAAGUAUAUCAACCGCACAGUUAUUUCUACGCUACCUCAGUGGAAAUAGCCAAGAAACACUUUGACAUCGAUACCGUUCCGGCGGCUCUGGUUUACAAGGAACGUAGCCACUACUAUUUCCCCUAUUCCGAUAGCUUUGAUCUGGUAGAGCCGGUCCAUCUGAACGAAUCUCUAUUCCGGUGGAUCAACGAAGAACGGUUCCCCACUUUUCCGAAGAUAACCCGAAGCAACAUACACCAUGUUCUGCAGACGAAGAAGUACCUCGUGCUGGCGGUAGUCGAGGAGAAUAAGCUAAGUGAGAUUGCAGCCCAUGAGCAGGAGUUCCGCGAUAUGAUGGAGAUUUUUGUACACAAGAACAAGCAUAAGUACCACAACCGGUUCCAGUUCGGUUGGGUUGGAACGCCGGAUUUGGCGCAUUCCAUCGCCAUGGACAAGCUGGCCACGCCCCAUCUGAUAGUGCUGAAUGCCAGCACCAACGAGCAUCACAUACCGGAGGACGACCCACUGCAACUGACACCGGAAGCGAUCGAACUGUUCCUGGAUAGCAUUCACAAUCAGACGGCUCCGGCCUUUGGGGGCAACUCCCUGCCGGUACGAAUCUACCGUGCGUGGUUCGAGGCGAAGAAUUCCCUGCACGACAUGUGGAUGGGCAAUCCGGUACUGACCUCGGUGCUGUUCGGUCUUCCGUUGGGUUUUCUUUCGCUGAUUAUGUACUCGAUCUGCUGUGCGGACAUUCUCGAUGCCGACGAAGAAGAAGAAGAACCGAGACACGAAAAGAAGGAGUAAUUUUUGUGCGGAGAACGAGAAGGCCCCUGGAGUUGUGCGUGGAGGGCAAGUAUUAUCGUGGUAACAUUCCCUGCAGCGUUCUGGGCAUUUACCUGAUAGUGGGUAAAGUUUUAGAGAACUUAAUUUCAGCGGAAAGAACAUUAUUUCUAGUCAUUUUGAUCUGUAAUGGUAACAUGUACUGGUUUAUUUUUAAAAUUUAUAAUACAACAUAUGGGUGUUGUUUUGUGGAAUCAUGUGUAAACCGUUGUGUGUAGGAAGGAAGUGUACUUUCAGGGCAGGUGUUUUUCCAAAAAAAUUGAAAGUGCGCAUAUUUGUGUCUCACUAGUGUAAGGAUUUCGGUACAUCUAUAUAGUGAAACCA